AUGACACUUAACAACAAAGAAAUUUUAGCCCAACGCCCCCUCUUAACAAUUCCAGAAGCAAUAACCACCAAAGACACCGACAUGGAAAAAGCUCCCCAAAGCCAGGAAAUGACAGAUAUGAACGAAGGACUAACCAAAAUUGCCGUAGCCUCUGGAAAAAUUCUAGGAGCCACUUCAGCAGAUAAACUCCAAUAUGGUAAAAAGAAAAUGGCCAAAAUCCCUUCAUACAAAUAUACAAGAUAUGAGAAUCACACAGGAGAAGAAAUUUUGAUAGCACUUUUUAAAAAAUAUAAUAAAGCAGAACAAGCAUGUACAACUUCACUUGUAAAAGGAGGCAACACCUUCUUCAGGAAAGUCCAAGCUACAGAUACAAAAGAAGUACUCUCGUGCACAAUUUGCAUCUGGGAUAUUCCCACAGAUCUCAUCAAAAAAGACAUAGCAACAGCACUAGCCAAUUAUAGACCGAUCGACCAAAUCACAAUCCAACAGGCCAAUUUCUGUUUGUCGAGUACCGUUACACUACACAAUAUGGACGAUUAUCAAGAACUAACCAAAAAUGGUCCAUCUUAUACAAAAACUACCACAUGGGAAUUUUUCCAUACUUCGGAACAAGAGAAGCAAAAGAAAACAGAAACAACAAAAUAUUUAGAACACAUCAUCAAACAAGUCAAGGCACAAACAUGCUACAUUCCCAAAAAAGAUAACAGUAACUAUAAAAGACUAGCCAUACUUUCAUUUUAUAACCAAGAAGAUAGAAAACAAGCAACCAAUCAAAACUUUCAGGUCAAAAGACAUGACGUCACAUGGGUAGACAGAGCAGCAAAACUCUGCUUUCACUGUUGCUCACAUAAACAUGAAUCAAGAGACUGUCUAGAAAAACCCAUAUACAACUACAAUAACAUUACACAAUACAAUCAAAACUACCCAAGAAAAUAUACAACCACAACAUAUCCAAACCAACUCAACCCUCCCUUGUACUUAUGUAAAAGCUCAGCAAGAAGCUAUGCAGAGAUGGCCAAACACUCCAACAAAACAAACAACUACGCAUCAGACAGCCACCAACAAAUAUUACAAAUGCUAAAAAAAAUCUGA